ACAACCUGCUCUGGGUGUUCACUGAAGGGAGCCUGAGCCAGCACUCUCCUGCACAAUGGCACUGACCCAAGCUGAGAAGGCUGCCGUGACCACCAUCUGGGCAAAGGUGGCUACCCAGAUUGAGUCCAUUGGGCUGGAAUCACUGGAGAGGCUUUUUGCCAGCUAUCCUCAGACGAAAACCUACUUCCCUCACUUUGAUGUCAGCCAAGGCUCAGUUCAGCUUCGUGGUCACGGCUCCAAGGUCCUGAAUGCCAUUGGGGAAGCUGUGAAGAACAUCGAUGACAUUAGAGGUGCUUUGGCCAAACUCAGCGAGCUGCAUGCUUACAUCCUCAGGGUGGACCCAGUGAACUUCAAGCUGCUUUCCCACUGUAUCCUGUGCUCUGUGGCUGCCCGCUAUCCCAGUGAUUUCACCCCAGAAGUUCAUGCUGCGUGGGACAAGUUCCUGUCCAGCAUUUCCUCUGUUCUGACUGAGAAAUACAGAUAAAUGGCUUCCACACUGGGUUAGGGACGUGCAUCCAUGGCACACAACAGCUGCCAAGUUCUGGGGUAUUCUUCCUAUGCAGUCCCCCCAACUCCCCUGCGCAGGGGCUCAGCCACCUGCAGACCACAAUAAAUAAUUCAACUGUGA